CACAGAGAGGAGGUACAGAGAGGAGGCACAGAGAGGAGGCACAGAGAGGAGACACAGAGAGGAGACAUCAUAUCUUCAUCUCUCCAAGUUGCUCAGCAGCUCCGUGAAGCACAAUGCCCUCGCAGGAGCGGAUAUGCAGAAGCGUUGUGUAGGAGACUCGGGAAAAAGGGCGUUUGAAUUAAGUACUUCUCCACUCCCCAGUCCCUUCACCUCUUGCUAGACAUGACAGGUCAGAGCCUGGAGGAGCUGACAGCAGCCUAUGAGAAUCACACCGUCCGCAUCAAUGUGGGAGGUUUCAAGAAGAGCCUGUUCUCCAACACACUGUCUCGUUUCCCAGAGACCCGGCUGGCUCGGCUGUUACAGUGCCAAUCCAAAGAGUCGAUACUAGAGCUCUGCGACGACUACGACGACGCGGAGAAAGAGUUUUAUUUCGACAGGAACCCGGCUCUCUUUCCUUACGUGUUGAAUUUCUAUAACACCGGGAGGCUUCACGUCAUGGCGGAGCUAUGCAUCUUCUCCUUCAGUCAGGAGAUAGAGUACUGGGGCAUCAACGAAUUCUUCAUCGACUCAUGUUGCAGCAACGCUUACCACUGCCGAAAGAUGGACCCUAACCGCGGGGAGGACUGGGACGACUGCCGGAGCGACGAGGGCGGCGGCGGCAGCACCACGUCAUCGUUCGACGAGAUUCUAGAGUUCUAUAGCGACGCCGCUAAAUUCGAUAAGCAGCCGUUGGGGAGCGUCCGUAGACGGAUCUGGUUGAUCCUGGACAACCCGGGUUACUCUAUCGCCAGCCGCGUCAUCAGUAUCCUCUCUAUCCUGGUCGUGUUGGUGUCUAUAACCACCACGUGUAUGAACAGUAUGGCUGAGUUUACCCUGGUGGACAGGGACGGGGUACCUCGCGAAGAUCCCAGGUUUGAAACGGUGGAACACUUUGGUAUCGGCUGGUUCACCUUGGAGCUCGCGGCCCGGUUCACGGUAGCCCCGGAUCUUAUCCACUUCUUCAAGCAUCCGUUAAACUUAAUAGACCUUGUGUCGAUAUUACCGUUCUACCUGACGCUCUUCAUCGAUCUGGUGGCCGAGAGCAGCCCGGCGUUAGCGAAUCUGGGGCGAGUCGCACAGGUGCUACGUCUGAUGAGGAUCUUCCGUAUCCUUAAGCUGGCGCGUCACUCCACGGGUCUGCGCUCUCUGGGCGCCACGCUGAGAAACAGCUAUAAAGAGGUAGGGUUGCUACUGCUGUACCUGGCGGUGGGCGUGUCUUUCUUCUCUGUCAUGGCCUACACCGUGGAGAAAGAGGACAGCGAGGACUUCUCCACCAUCCCGGCGUGCUGGUGGUGGGCCACGGUGAGCAUGACCACGGUGGGGUACGGAGACGUCGUCCCGGUGUCUAUAGCCGGCAAGAUGACAGCGUCGGCAUGUAUCCUGGCAGGCAUCUUGGUGGUUGUGCUUCCCAUCACGCUCAUAUUCAACAAGUUCUCUCUCUUCUACAAGAGACAGAAACAGUUAGAGAUCGCUAUGCUCAGCUGUGACUUCGACCAGGAGAUCAAAGAAAACCUUCCCUCUGUCAAUCUGAGAAACUACUAUGCACACAAGGUGAAAUCUCUCAUGGCGAGUCUGUCAAAUAUCAACCGCAGCUUGCCCAGUGAACACAGUCUGAACGAGAUGUCAAUACAUUAAGACCUGUGAAUCAACAGACUGCCCCCUUGGCCUUUAUAAGGAACGAUGUGACCGAAGGAGAGGAGAAACAUGGUGAAAGUAGCAGUGCUGUUUCUGUGUAGCCCUGUUGAAUAGAGCUACAUGGUGAAGGUAGUGUUGAAUAGAGCUACAUGGUGAAGGUAGAAGUGUUGUUUCUGUGUAGCCCUGUUGAAUAGAGCUACAUGGUGAAGGUAGCAGUGUUGUUUCUGUGUAGCCCUGUUGAAUAGAGCUACAUGGUGAAGGUAGUGUUGAAUAGAGCUACAUGGUGAAGGUAGUGUUGAAUAGAGCUACAUGGUGAAGGUAGUGUUGAAUAGAGCUACAUGGUGAAGGUAGUGUUGAAUAGAGCUACAUGGUGAAGGUAGUGUUGAAUAGAGCUACAUGGUGAAGGUAGUGUUGAAUAGAGCUACAUGGUGAAGGUAGUGUUGAAUAGAGCUACAUGGUGAAGGUAGCAGUGUUGUUUCUGUGUAGCCCUGUUGAAUAGAGCUACAUGGUGAAGGUAGUGUUGAAUAGAGCUACAUGGUGAAGGUAGCAGUGCUGUUUCUGUGUAGCCCUGUUGAAUAGAGCUACAUGGUGAAGGUAGCAGUGCUGUUUCUGUGUAGCCCUGUUGAAUAGAGCUACAUGGUGAAGGUAGUAGUGUUGUUUCUGUGUAGCCCUGUUGAAUAGAGCUACAUGGUGAAGGUAGUGUUGAAUAGAGCUACAU